AUGGAUUUAUGUACACAUGAUGAGGAUGCAGCUCAUACUAGUUGCUCAUGCCCUCUGGGUUACAUCCCCAUUGACCAAGAUGAUGAGAGGAACGGGUGCACGCAAAACUUUUUUCCCCAAAGUUGUGAUAAAGCCUCAUCAGAAACAGAACACUUUGAAUUUCAAGAGCUUCAAUUCACUGAUUGGCCUGGUGGAGAUUAUGAGCAUUUCCAGCCAUUUAAUAAGGAACAGUGCAAGCAAAGUUGCUUAGCCGAUUGUUUCUGUGCCAUUGCCAUUUUCAAUGAAGGAAGUGCUGAUUGUUGGAAGAAGCGAAUACCUCUUUCAAAUGGGAAGAUCAACGACGAUGUUAAGGGGUUAGCUCUGGUGAAAAUAAGGAAAGACACUUCUACAUCAGCAAAAGAAAAAGGUAGUCUAGUUCGGCUCAUCAUUGGUGCAGUGAUCAUCCUAGUAUUAAACAACUUGGUUGUUUCUAUAAUAACCUAUCUGGUUACUUCUCAUGCACAAGUGAAUCCACUUAAUCCUGUGGUUCGAGUCAUGAAUCUGAAAUGUUUCACUUUCAUGGAGCUAAAAGAAGCCACCAACGGAUUCGAGGAAGAGCUCGGUCGUGGUGCUUUUGCAACUGUUUUCAAAGGAGUUUUAGCAUCAGAUAACGGGAAGUUCAUUGCUGUCAAAAGAUUGAACGCUGUGGUCAAAGAAAAUGAUUUGGAAUUCAAAGCUGAAGUGAGCGCAAUUGGCAGAACAAAUCACAGAAAUUUAGUCCAACUACUCGGAUUUUGUAAUGAGGGGCAACACCAGCUUCUUGUGUAUGAGUACAUGAGCAAUGGCUCUCUAGCAACCUUCCUCUUCGGAGAGUCAAGACCAAACUGGAAUACAAGAAAAAAAAUUGCCUUAGGAACUGCAAGAGGGCUCUUGUAUUUGCAUGAGGAGUGCAGCAGCCAAAUCAUACAUUGUGACAUUAAGCCUCAAAACAUUCUUCUCGACAAUUCUUUCACAGCAAGAAUAGCCGACUUUGGAGUAUCCAAGCUUUUGAAAUCUGACCAAACUCGAACAACUACUAGAAUCAGAGGCACAAAAGGUUAUGUUGCUCCUGAAUGGUUCAAAAGUUUGCCUGUCACAGUGAAGGUUGAUGUUUAUAGCUACGGCAUGGUGUUGUUGGAGAUUGUUUGCUGCAGGAAAAACUACGAACCAGAAGCACCAGCUGAAGAUCAAAUGAUAUUAGCCGAUUGGGCAUACGAUUGCUAUAAGCAAAAGAAACUGCAUCUGUUGUGGCAGAAUGUAGGGGACGAUCAGGAAAUGGAUGGCAUCGAAAAGUUGGAAAAGUAUUUGAUGAUUGCAUUUUGGUGCAUUCAAGAGGAUCCAUCAGUAAGGCCUACCAUAAAGAAAGUGACACAGAUGCUCGAAGGGACUGUUGAAAUCUCGGUGCCUCCAAAUCUGUCCUCAUUAUAUGUUCAAUAUAAGUGA